AUGGACUUGCGAAGUUUUGUUGAGCACGAAAUGAGAGACAUUGCCUCUUCUUCUUCUUCUUCUUCUUCUGCUUCCACUCCUAAAUGGACUUAUGAUGUUUUCUUGAGCUUUAGGGGUGAAGAUGUCCGAAAGAGCUUUGUCGACUUCCUUUACAGUGCUCUGCAACAAAAGGGAAUUUACACCUUCAAAGACGAUGAAAAGCUUGAAAGAGGAAGAUCCAUUUCACCUGCACUACUCCAAGCUAUUAAAGAGUCAAGAAUUGCAGUUAUAAUAUUCUCAGAAAACUAUGCCACUUCUUCAUGGUGUUUAGAUGAGCUCGCAGAGAUCAUUGACUGCAAGCAUGUGUUGGGACAAACUGUUCUGCCGGUUUUUUAUUACGUGGAUCCAUCUGUGGUACGGAGACAGAAAGGCAGCUUUGAUCGACCUUUUGUCAAACAUGAAGACGAAAUAGAGGACAAGGAAAGGAUUCAAAAGUGGAGAGCAGCUCUUACUGAAGCUGCUUCUAUCUCUGGCUGGGAUGUUCGCAACACUGCUGAUGGGCACGAGUCUAAAUGCAUCCAUGAAAUUGUUGAAUAUGUUGUGGCUAAAUUGGAGAGAGUUGUCGCAAUUGAAGCAAAAAACCAAGUUGGUAUUGAUUCUCGAGUUCAUAAAGUAAAUGCAUUGCUGAAUUUGGGGUCCGAUGAGGUUCACUUCAUAGGGGUUUGGGGAAUGAGUGGAAUUGGUAAAACAACCUUAGCAAGGGCUGUUUUUGACCGAAUAUCCAUUCAUUUUGAAGGUGCCAUCUUUCUCCAUGAAGUUAGAGAACAAUCAAAAUGUCUGGAAAUUUUGCAAGAGAAGAUUCUUUCAAAAAUUCUUUGCUUAAAAGAUUUGAGGAUCAGCAGUGUUUUUGAAGGGUCAAAUAUGAUUAGGAGAAGACUAUGCUAUAAAAAAGUCCUUAUUGUUCUUGAUGAUGUUGACCACCUAGAUCAAUUAGAAGCUUUAGCUGGAAAACAUCAUUGGUUCGGUGCUGGUAGUAGAAUUAUCAUAACCACAAAAAAUAAGCAUUUGCUUGUUACACAUGAAGUAGAUAGAAUGUACAAGGUGGAGUUAUUGAAUGAAUAUGAAGCUAUUCAGCUGUUUAGUUGGUAUGCUUUCAAGAAGGACUAUCCUGCAGAAGAUUAUGAGGAGCUUUCAAUUGAAAUAGUGCAUUAUGCUGGUUGCCUUCCCUUAGGUCUAAAAGUUUUAGGUAGUUUUCUGUAUGGCAGAGACAUGGCUGAAUGGAGAAGUGAAGUGGAGAGAUUAAAAAGAAUUCCAGAAGAUGAAAUUAUGGAAAAGCUCAAAGUAAGUUUUAAUGGACUCAGAGAAGUUGAAAAAGAAAUUUUCUUGGACAUUGCAUGUUUCUUUAAAGGGAAGAAGAAAGAAUACAUAAGAAGAGUCCUUGAUAGUUUCAAUUUCUAUCCUGAUAUAGGCAUAAAGGUUCUCAUUGAGAAAUCUCUGGUAACUGUUUCUGGAGGAAGGAUUCUGAUGCAUUGUUUAAUACAAGAAAUGGGUUGGCAUAUUGUUCGCCAAAAGGCUCCAGAUGAGCCAGGAAAACACAGCAGGCUCUGGGUAGCAGAGGAAAUUUGUGAUGUUUUGGCUAGAGACAAGGUGACAGAAAAUGUUGUAGGCAUGUGGUUGGAUCUGUGUACCCCAAAGGAUGUACUAAUUAAUAAUGAAGCCUUUGAAAAGAUGAAGCAGCUAAGGCUACUCAAAAUCAAUAAUGCUUGUGUUUCUCGUUGCCCAAAUUGCAUACCAAAUGAGAUACGGUGGCUUAACUGGCAUGGAUACCCUUCAAAAUCCCUUCCAGAGAGUUUCCAACCUGAAAAACUCGUAGGACUCAAGCUGCAAUAUAGCCGCAUCGUACAACUAUGGAAGGGGAUAAAGUUGCUGGACAAAUUGAAAUACAUCAACCUUAGCUAUUCCCAGAAGUUAAUAAGGACCCCAGAUUUCACAGGGAUACCUAAUCUUGAGAGAUUGAUCCUUGAAGAUUGUUCAAGUCUUACUGAGAUACAUCCGUCAGCUGGCUAUCUGAAAAGGCUCCAACUAUUCAAUCUGAGGAACUGCACAAGUCUUAGGAGCCUUCCAAAACAAAUUAUCUUAGAAAGUCUCGAAGUAAUGAUUCUCUCAGGAUGUUCAAAAGUUGGGGAAUUUCCAAAAAUCUUAGGUGCUAUGGAUCAUUUAAAAGCUGUGUAUUUGGAAGCUACUGCCAUAAAAGAACUACCACCAUCAAUUGAACACCUUACAAGCCUUGUUUUGUUGAAUCUAAGCUACUGUAAAAGUCUCGCAAGUCUGCCAAGUAGCCUUUGCAGAUUGAAAUGUCUUAAAGUUCUUAUUCUUUCUGGCUGCUCAAAUCUUGACGAGUUACCAGAAGAGCUAGGACAUGUUCUAAGCUUAGAAGAGCUUUAUGUUGAUGAAACUGCCAUCUCCAAGCCACCAUCCUCUGUCGUACUUUUGAAAAACCUAAAAACUUUAUCUUUCAGAGGAUGUAAAGCAAUGGCAUGUCGUACAUGGAGAGCAUUCUCGUCUUCUUGGUUGCUAGGUCAAAAAAGUCGAGAUUCAACGGGCUUGGUUCUUCCAUCUGUUUCAGGAUUAAAUUGCCUAGCAAAACUAGAUCUUAGUGAUUGCAAUCUGUUAGAUGGAGGAUUCCCUUGUGAUUUGGGGAGCUUAUCCUCCCUGGUAGAAUUAAAUCUUGGCAAAAACAACUUUACUAGUAUCUCUGCCGCAAGUAUUAAGAACCUCAGUCGCCUUCAAACCCUUGAAUUAGUUGGAUGCAAGAGACUUGAGAUACUUCCAGAGCUUCCACCGAGUAUAGAGGUAUUGUACGCAGAUAAUUGUACAUCAUUGCAGAGUGCAACUGAUUUAUUGACAAAGUAUGGGAAGUUAUACAGGGUUUCAUUCAGCAAUUGUUUCCAGCUGCUUCAGGAUGAACAAACUUCCAGCAUGAUAGACGCAACCUGGAACCAUAUGCUAAAGGAACUUUUACUCGUAGAUGAUAACUUUAGCAUCUGUCUUCCUGGAGGGAGAAUUCCAUCCUGGUUCACCUACCAGAACUGGGGGCCUUCAAUUAGAAUUAAGCUUCCUUCAAAUUGGUACAGUGACGAGUUCAUGGGAUUUGCAGUUUGUGCUGUUUCUGAUUUGAUAACGACCACUUUAGAGUGGCGGGAUUUGCUACAGAAAAUUCCCAGUGUUCGUAUCCAGUUUAAUCUGAUAGAUCAGGAGGAGAGGAUCUGCAACCGCAUGUUCACCAUAGGUUGCGGAGGAAGUGAAAAAAUAAUCAACUCGGAACAUACUUGUCUAGCAUAUCUUUCAUUUCAUGAGAUUUGGCUUCUGUGUUUUGAUAAAGUAUGCAGCCCAAAUGACUGGUCUUGCAUUGAGGUGUAUGCUGAUGUUUAUAGCAAGAAAUAUAUGGUUUUCAAAGCAUGGGGAAUCAGUCUUGUAUACAAGGAUGAUGUUAGGCAGAAUACUGAACUUUCGAUGAUCCCACAAAGCUCUGAGUUGGGAGAAAGGGGAUUGUCGUCCAGUGUGCUUGCCAACGGAUUGAAAUCCAUCAGAAAGAAAAGACGAGGUCGUGAAGGUUUAUCCAGGAUUCCACCAAAAUAAGUCCCAUCAUACUAGGAACAAGAGCUCAGAAGGUCGAGGAAGGAUGUAGCUUGGGUACAUAGUUGUCAAGCUGCUGAUUUACCAGUCAUUUCUACUAUCAUAAUUUAGUAGAAACAGUUGAAUCUUGCUGAAGCAGGGAAUAAUGAGUCAGGACAGAAGAGAUCAAAGUUGGAAUUCCUUCAAAUGUCACGUCUCCAGAAAUGGGAAAAAUGUGUUAUUUGUGAACCGAAUUACGUAGUUUAUUAUGUGCAUCCAAAAUAUGAUCUCCUUCUCUUGCUAUUGAAAAUUGUUUUUCAUACCAUCACAUGAUAUUGCAUCAAAACCAAGUUUCCUCUGUAUUUAGCAAAAUUGACGUCAGUACUAAAUUUUGAGAGUACUAUUAUCUUC